AUGAAAUUAAUACCAGCUAUUCUACGUGGUUUUUCUCUUGGUCGAUAUAUGGCUUCAUUAGCAUUUACAAAAUGGCCUGAUCCACCUUCUCGACAAUUCUAUGAAAACAAAGCCUCUCAAACAUUUUAUGAUUAUUUACGUGAACGAAAUCGAUCAAUAGAUUCAAAUAAAAUUGUUCUCGAUCUAAUUAAAGAUAUGAUGCGUCUUCUUAUGGAUGAAUUUACAUCUUUAUAUAAUUAUUCACGUUCAGCUCAAUCAAAUAUAUCUAAUGCUAUGUUUAUUGCUUGUACACAUGAUGGUUAUGUAUUACGCGAUGGUAUUCCACAUAUGAAUGAUGUAUGA